AUGCAAAUUAUUCUCCUUCUUGGUCUAGUGGGUGUAGCGUAUGCUGUCUACUUGGUUACUAGCAUUCUGUUUGCCCCUCUGCGAAAUGUCCCUGGGCCCUUUUUGGCACGAUUUACAAAUGUCUGGUACUUGUUCCAAGUCCACAGGGGCCACGUGGAAAGAAAGAAUUGCGAGCUUCACGAAACUUACGGCCCUGUUGUCCGAUAUGGACCUAAGAGAUACAGCUUCAACAGCCCCGAAGCCAUCAAAACUAUAUAUGGUCACAGCACCCAGUUUGCCAAAUCAUCAUUUUACGACGCUUUCAUGGUCCCAGGUGUAUGGAAUUUGUUUACGGAGCGAAGUAUCAAAUUUCAUGCUUCUCUUCGCAGGGAGUUUCAAGCCACUUACUCUAUGUCCAACCUGGUGAAUUUUGAGCCAUACGUCGACCAGUGUGCGAGGUUGUUUGACCAACGCCUACACGAAGUGUCUGCAGCCGGUGUUCCCAUCGAUAUAGGACAUUGGAUGCAAUGCUACGCCCUUGAUGUCAUCUCUCAGAUCACCUUUGCUGAGCGCCUUGGAACCCUGGAUAGCGGGAACGACAUUGGCGGUGUGAUGAAGUCCCUCGAAGAUUCCUUCUACUAUGGGGCCACAGUCGGCAUCUACGGCUACAUUCAUCCUUAUUUAUUUGCCGCCAUUAGCUUCCUAGAGCGGCUCACUAUGCGUGGAAACGGGCAAGGGUUCUGGUACGUUUUGCAACUUGCCCAGGAAAAGAUUAAUGCGUACAAGGCCAAGCCUGCCGCUAUCUACGAAAAGACCGACGACGGCAGCGAGGAGUUCGUCUCCAAAUUCAUGAAACAGAAUGCAUCCAACCCGGAGAGAUUCACCACAGACCAUAUCCUCACUGGUUGUUCCAUGAACAUAGGUGCCGGUUCCGAUACUACAGGAAUCAGUUUAUCAGCAGUGCUCUACUAUCUUCUCAAGAACCCAGGGUGCAUGGAAAAGCUACGAGAGGAGAUAAUUGCGUUUGGCAAAGACGGGAAGCUCUCUGAGUCUCCCACCUACAAGCAGAGUCAAGACAUGCCGUACCUACAGGCCGUCCUCAAGGAAGCGUUACGACUGCAUCCUGCUGUUGGGCAACCACUCGAACGAAUCGUGCCAGAAGGUGGUGCGACUAUUGCUGGGAAAUACUUCGCUCAGGGGACUAUCGUCGGCGUCAAUUGCUGGGCGGCACACCGAAAUAAAGCUGUCUGGGGCGAGGAUGCUGAUGAGUUCAAGCCCGACAGAUGGCUCACAGCGGAUACCGAUAAACUGUCUGCGAUGAACCGAAGUUGGAUUCCGUUUGGUGUUGGCUCGAGGACUUGUAUUGGAAGGCAUAUCUCCAUGUUGGAAAUGUGCAAACUUGUGCCUCGCAUCCUCCGGGACUUCGAUUUCGAGCUGGCCGAUGGUCUACAGGGUGAUUGGAAAACUACGGCCUACUGGUUCGUGAAACCUUCCAACUUCAGGGUCAGAGUCAGAACCCGUUCGACAGUUCCAUAA